UAUUACAGGGUGUGAGAUCUCUGCUGGAAAACACACGUUUGGAGUAUUUGAACCAGUGAAGAGACGGAACAGUAACUUGGUGAGUCUUGUUGUUGAAAGAUAAUUUAGCAAGACAAAUGGCUGAGAAGAUAGUUAUUUUUGAAAGUUACCUGAACUGCCCUGUUUGUUCAGAGACGUUCAGAGAUCCUGUGUCUCUGAGCUGCAACCACAGCUUGUGUUCAAGCUGCCUGCAACUAUUCUGGAAACAAGCUGAAAACAAGAACUGUCCCAUUUGUACAAGAAAAUCCUCAAAAGAACAUCCAGGAAUUAACUUUCCACUGAAGGAACUGGCUGACUCGUUUGCUGAGAGACCGAAAACUGGAUCAUCUGAGACAGAAAAAGGAGAGAAGAAGGUGGAGGUGGUGUGUAGUAAACAUGGAGAAGAGACUAAACUGUUCUGUAAGGAUGAAGAGAGAGUUGUGUGUUCUGUCUGUGAGUUUUCUCUCCACCAGAGUCACAAGGUGGUUCCUAUAGAACAAGCAGUCAGUGACCUGAAGGACCAGCUGAGAUCUGACUUAGAGUCUCUGCUGGACAAGAGGGACGAAUAUGAAGAAGUGGAGGAAACAUACAAUGAAAUGAUUGAACACUCCAAGAAGCAGCUGUUGUCCACAGAGAGGCAGAUCAGAGCAGAGUUCAACAAGCUCCACCAGGUCCUGAAAGAGGAAGAGGAGUCCAGACUGGCAGCUCUGAGGGAGGAAGAGGAGCGGAAGGGGAAGACUAUCAGCAGAGAGAUGAAGAUGAUUCAGGAGCAGAUCUCCUCUCUGUCAGACAGCAUCUCUGCUGUUGAAGAAGACCUGCAGAAACACAACGUGUCAUUCCUCAGCAGUUAUAAACCCACUCAGACCAGAGCCAGAGUCCAGAGCUCACUGUCAGAUCCACAGCUGGUCUCAGGAGCGCUGAUAGAUGUGGCCAAACACCUGGGCAACCUGUCCUUCAGAGUCUGGGAGAAGAUGAAGGACAAGGUCCACUUCAGUCCUGUCAUUCUGGACCCAAACACUGCAGCCUACAGUCUCUAUCUGUCUGAUGAUCUGACCAGUGUGAGAAAUAGUGACACAUACCAGGAGCUUCCUGACAAUCCAGAGAGAUUCACUGAGUAUGCCAUUGUUCUGGGCUCUGAGGGCUUCAGCUCAGGGAAACACAGCUGGGAGGUGGAGGUGGGAGACCAUCCUGACUGGGUUGUUGGUUUGGCUAAAGAGUCAGUUGACAGGAAGGGAAAGAUAUUUGUUUCACCACAAUAUGGAAUCUGGUGUUUACUUCGUCGUAGUGGAAAAUACACUAAUGGAUCUGGUCAGAGUGUCCGAGUGAAGAAGAGUCUCCAGAGGAUCAGAGUCCAGCUGGACUAUGACAUGGGGGACGUGUCCUUCUACGACCCUGAAGACAUGACUCACAUCUGCACUCUCAGAGACACUUUCACUGAGAAACUCUUCCCAUACUUCAGUAUUGGAAAGUCUGGUGAUGCUAAAACUGCUGAUAUCAAAAUGUGUCAAACUGAUAUUUCUCUGUGAUGUUCAGACAUGUUAGUGUUUGUUCAGACUUUACUCUGACUUCACUGUGUGUCAACAUCUCAUUGAUAGAAUCAAUACAAUCAACAGUUAUGACUCAUCAGAAUCAAACUGCAUUACAUCAUCAGAUCAGAAACUUUCACACAAAAACAAAUCAUUGUUUAACUAUAACUAAAUCAGCAUCUUGUGUUUAAUCAGAACACAAUCUAACAUUUAGUGAAUCCACUAAACCAAACACUUUGUUUCCAGUUGUGUGUUUCUUUAACUUUGGUCUUCAUCAGACAUCAGUUUUAGUUUAUUAGAUUUCUGGAUCUUCUGUUGAGUUAUUUCAGGUUCGAUGUUAUAAUUUCAGUGUUUUACACUUUACACUCAGAGUCUCAGAGGUUCAGUGAAUCAAAACACAUUCUGACUCUGAUUGAUUAUCUUUUAUGAUUGAAAUUGUUUUUCUUAACUGUCUCUACUGUCGUUAACUACUCAACACAGAAAUCAUUGUUUUAAUCUGAAAUUCAUUUUUGGAAGUUAAUAAAUUAAAGAUGUAAGGAUCUGUAGCUGUGUAAAAAUGUGUUAAAGAUAAAAACUUUUAAGAUAAAAGCUAUUAAUUCAGAUUAUAAGCAUUGUGUUUUUUGACAUUUUAUAUUUUUCUGUUGAGUUAUUUUAGUUUUGGAUACUUUGUUAUAUUUGUUGGAAACAUCUGUUUUAAUUGUUUUUUAUGUUUAGAAGAGAUAAAGAGUGUAAAUAUAAAGUCUAAGAAUCCAAAAUACAUCAAAUAUAUACAAUUAUUAAACCAGGUGAACAGUAUGGAUCAUAAUAAUAUUAAUGGGUUUUGAUUCAGUCUGUAAUUCUUUCAAAGCUUCUUCAUUCUGUUUAUGAUGAUUUUUGUAGUUUUUACAUGAUCAGUAACAUGAACGAUGAAUUAAAAUGUUUGUGAUCAACAUAAAGGAACUUUAGUUUAAAAAGUCUUAUUUCAUUGAAUCAACUAUAUCUUUAUAAAUGUACAUCAGAUGGAUGCUGCUUCAUGAUGUGUAAUUAAAUCACCAACAGGUUUUAUUCACAAUAUUCUGUAUGAAGUUGUUUCAAGUUUCUUUACAAACAUCUGUGAAAUAUUCAUGUGACGAAUUACAAAGAAUACAAAUAAUGAAAAAUAAUUAAUCAACCAGAUUAUAACAAAAGACAAUAUUUAAUCUUAAAAUGUCAAAUCUACAUUUUACAUUUUCCAAUCAACAGAUUCCUCAGUGAAACUCUUUCAACGUCAACAUUUAUGGACAGUCCAGCUGAAUGAAGUCAGAUCUUCUUUUGUAAAGUCACGUGACUGAUGAAGCGACUGCGCACAAAGAAAGCUGAAUGGAGCUCAUACCUCCCUGAUGAAGGCUCAGUAGCUGUAAACAUGUGAGCAAUAAAGAGUUGUGCAACUUG